CCUACCUUCAGCCAUCACUCUUCAUCAGUGUGCUCUCUCGCUGAAUCGACUAAUUUGUUGGACCAGAACUCUGAACUUCUGAAUUUUUCAGACAUCAGCUCCCGUCGUUCUCCUGCCUUUUCUUCUUCCUCCGGACAGGAAUCAGGACCACGCCCGAGACCAAGGAGCAAACGUAGAUUUUUUGUGAAUCUAAAGAGAGACACUAACCGACUCAACGAAAUGUAAUUGGCAAUUGCAGAUAUUGGACCGCAUCUAGAACCCUCACUGGAAUCGCCCAAAUACAAGUACGGAUUUGAACUCUGGUAAGUGGAUUUUGCUUGGGGAAUUAGUGACGACGAAAACCGUAGGAGACCGAGUGGAUGGUGGAUUACCGGAUUCUUGCAGGGAAAGAAAGACAGGGAAUUGCUUUGUUCGGAUUAAAACCAACUGCCGCACAGGCAAUUGGUGUGCCGGACGGACUCGGACUCCUGCUUGAACUCGUAGUACUCUGUUAGCGAGGCGGCAACCAGGCUUCAUAUAUACCCCGCUCGUCGAUGGAGCAGAUGCCAAUUCUUCUUUUCCGAUCGCUCGUUUCUCGAUCUCCACCCUCCUCGAUCUCGAAGUCGAAACCUCGAUCUCCAAUUCGAAAGAAAGCCAAGAUCGAGAACUCGAGCAGAGGCGAUCGAGCAACCAUGGAGGUGCUGCCGCCGGCGGAGAUCCUGCCGACCCUGGCCGAGAUGAAGGCCCGAACUCCCAAGCCCAUGAGGAUCGCCUACGCCAUCCGCUACGGCCGCCUGCCCGCGUCCGCCGCCGCCGGCCGCGAAGACGUCGCCCGGUGCGUCGCUGCUCUGGCGCGGACGUACGAGCCCGACAUGGACGACCUCAUGGAGUUCCCCGAGGUGGCUCUGAAGCUGCAGCCCGGGUCGUGCUACCUACGCGACCACGACGAAGACGCGCACUUCAUCCGCGCCGAUCCCGGCGUGAUCGGCGUCGCUGACGGCGUCGGCAGCUGGCGCGCGAAAGGCGUGGAUGCCGCCGCCUUCUCGCGCGCGCUCAUGGCCAACGCCCGCGCCCAAGUGGACUCCGCCGUUCCCGGCACUCCCGUGUGCCCCUACAAGCUGCUGGAGCGAGCCUACGAGCAAACAGUCGCGGCAAGCACGCCGGGGUCGUCCACUGCGGUCAUCGUCUCGCUCUCCGGCAGGGUUCUCCGCUGGGCGUACGUGGGCGACAGCGGCUUCGCGUUGUUCCGCCGCGGCAGGAUGGUGCACCGCUCGCAGCCCCAGCAGGCCUCCUUCAACUGCCCCUACCAGCUGGGCGCCUGGGGCAACAAGGUCGGCGAGGCGGCCGUCGGCCAGAUCGCGGUGAAGGACGGCGACGUGCUUGUCGUCGGUUCAGACGGGCUCUUCGACAACCUCUUCGACUCCGCGAUCCAGCAGAUCGUGCGCAUGUGCGGGGAGCUCAAGUUCUCUCCCAAGAUGGUCGCCGACAUCCUCGCAGGCAACGCUUACUGCAAUGCCAGGAGCAACCAAGACUCGCCCUUCAGCGCCGCCUCCCGGCAACAGCAAGGGACCAGCUUCACCGGCGGCAAACAGGACGACAUCACCGUCGUCGUCGCCUACAUCGUGUCCUAGACCAUGCAACAGCUUAGCAACAAAGGAGGAAGAAAAGCAAAAGCAAGCCUCCUUCGGUUCGAUAGUCAUUGGUAUGUCUUUGCUGGCCUCUCUAAACCUUACCUCGGGUGUUUAUUCUAGGUUCUGCCGUUGCUCUACUUAGGGAGAUUCUAGUGUGAUUUGAUCCUUUGUCAAGCAUCCGUUUACAAUUUUGCACGCGUCGCAGUGGGGUCUCCAACCUAGGGCAGCAAAAAUUUCUAUCGAGGCAAUUAAUGGUGUCCAAACUGAAAUUCUUGGUCCCUUCACUGGUCCUAAACAGAGGGUUUAAGCAAAUGAAAGGAAAAUUGAUCAUUCGUCAAAAGCAAAUAAAUUGCUGAGAUGAAAGCAUGAGAAAAACUCAUUGCACAAAUAAAAUAAAAUCAUUCUCCCGUUUGCUGCCUGGUUUGUAGCAGUGAGGGGAAAACCGAAUUGAGGUUUGGACCCUCGGUCGUAUGAGCUGCACUUAGUUUGGAGACUCUACUGUUCCUCGUGUAAGGUUGUUGAUUGCUGCUUGGCUUUGGUUCACUUGCGCUGGAAUUUUCAUUCGUAGAGUCUUCAUGCAGUUUCCUAGGAGAAACCACUCCUGUGUAUGUGUGGCGAAACGGCUAGUCAAGGUUAUAGAUGAUGUAAUUCCUGGACUCCUGUGAUGCGAUGUAAAGCUCGUAUAUCAAUGAAAUGAGUUGGUUUGAUUCAA